AAGACCUGUGUGCGCUCCUGAUUUAUCCUGCAGCAGCCACCUCUUUCCUGUCUGUCUGUCUGUCUCCUUCUCUUCCUUUCUAAAGCAGCCCACUAGCAAACCAACAUGCCUCCGAAGAAGCCCGAGCCUAAGAAGGCUGAACCUAAGAAGGAGGAACCUAAACCAGCGCCUAAACCUGCAGAACCAGAACCCAAAAAAGAAGUUGAAUUUAACCCAGCUUCUAUCAAAGUUGAAUUCACUCCUGAUCAGAUCGAAGAAUUUAAGGAAGCGUUCUCACUCUUCGACCGGACUCCUAAAUCUGAGAUGAAAAUCACAUAUGCACAGUGCGGAGAUGUCUUGAGAGCUUUGGGGCAGAAUCCAACCCAGGCUGAGGUCAUGAAAGUGCUUGGCAGACCCAAACCAGAAGACAUGAACUCCAAGAUGAUCGACUUUGAGACCUUCCUGCCCAUGCUGCAGCACAUUGCCAAGACAAAAGACACAGGCACCUAUGAGGACUUUGUGGAGGGUCUGCGUGUGUUCGACAAGGAGGGAAAUGGAACGGUGAUGGGGGCUGAACUUCGCCAUGUUUUGGCUACAUUGGGCGAGAGGUUGACUGAAGAGGAAGUUGAUAAGCUAAUGGCUGGUCAGGAAGAUGCCAAUGGCUGUAUCAACUAUGAAGGUAGGUAUGACAACUCUGGUCUGAGCAGUGGUCAUGUGCUUGAAGGCUUUGUUGUAAUUAUCCUGAGAAAGUUCAAACCUGUGGAAGAUCUAACUCCCAAAGAUCAGGAUGUCUGCUUUUCCAAAUUUUAGACCAAUUUAGAUUCUAUAAUUCACCUGAUGUACCCUAUCUGUUGAAGCUUACUUGUAUUUCCAUAGCUGAAUGGCAUGGCCCUUUCAAGAGAUGGGGAUGUACCUUCUUAUUUUGUUUUUUUUUUAAAAAAUGUAUUAUUUUUUCCUAACUGCUCCCACAGUUCCCUGUCCUCUCAAAAAGCGAUACACAUCCCUUUUGAGAUGUCUUUACAGAAAAUCCCUAAAUUUUCUUUCAAAACAUCAGCAAAAAAAGUAUCCUUAGCACCCUCUUUGGUGUCCUAUGAAUCCUACAAGACCUUCGAAAGACCUUCCAUUUUAUUUCAUUGUUAUUGUAGAAAGCCAGAAUAAAAGGAUUUGGUCAUGAAUACGUGGACCAUGGUUCUCUCCUGCAUCUUGCAAGCCUAUAUGUUUCAGGUUGUUCAAUAAAACCACAAUAUUCUAGUAGGGAUCAUGGCCACAUGCUUUUGUAUGAGUCCUUCCUAAGGUUAACUGGUGAGUGACCAUUGUAUCAUUGUGGUGAUUUAGCUGGUCUGUCGUAUUCACUGAGCUUUUUAUGAAUAUUUGUGUUGGUAGUCUCUAUUUACAAAUACCAGUGAUCUAAGCUCAGGGAAACAUUUCUUACAAGUAGUUUAUUGAUAGAAAUCUGUAGAUUUAGCCAACCCAAAUGACUCAUGAACUUAUGCUGGACUGAGAGAAAUUCAUAGCACGGAGGCAUUACUGGGAAGGAAAAAAUAUUUCCUUAUUGCAAAAGGUAUUUUUCCUUUUCCUUUUGAAUUUCAGAAUUAUAUGUAAUGAAUGCUUUUUUUUAAAUGGAGAAAAAUGGAACCUGAAACUUUUUGAAACAAAAGCUAAAUUUGACUUUGAAGUACCUUGUGUGUUUGUAAACCUGAUUUCACUGCAGAAAUAUAGUCACAAUACCUGACUUGGUGACCUUCUGUGGAUUCUGGAGGUUCAUUCCAGAGGCAUUUUCAGCACCCUCUGCCUUAGUACAAAUGUGCUGGAGUCUUGAAAGCCUUGCAAGAUGAGGACCCAGAGUUUCUCAUGGCUACAUACUUUGGAAAGCCAGUUCCAUAUGGUGGCCAGGGGGAAGGGAUUAAACAAGCUAUGGCUUGACUGAUGUGUGUGUUCAUUUCCACUGGCUACCUAGACUGCUGGCUACAAUGCCCUGUAUAUAUAUUAUCUUAAGGACUUACAAAAGCAUUUAGCACCUGGUAUCUGGAAUCUUAUUUACAAAGUGAUGUGAUCUUAGCAGCCAAGCUGAGAUACCCAGGAGUUACUGAGCUCAUUAGAAGGGAAUUGAUAAAUGACGCUUCUCUUUCUCUUGUUUUCAGCUUUUGUGAAACAUAUCAUGGCUAACUGAACACCAGGUGAGUCUCUUCUGUCCUCCUUGCAUAUCCUGUUGCUUUGCUUUUGGCAUCUGAGAUAGGCUUGAAGAAUGUGUAAGUCACCAAUCAAAGAGGGUGAAUAUUUUCAGCGUGCUGUACAAGGAAGUAGGACAAGAAUGGGUAAAAUGUUAUCUUCAUCCUAUCAAGUGCACAGAAAAUCGGUGACCUUUCUGCAAUUGUCUGGUAAAUCUGGACGCCUUUAUUUUAGAAGUUUAAUAUAAUAUAUCCUAAAAAGAUUUGAUUACCAAAGAACAAGUGCUCAUUCCUUUAUGACUGACAGGAAACUUCAAAGGAUGCACACUUUUUGUCUACUUAGAAGUCUCUGCUCCCAGACUUCUCCUAAAAAGGCAAGGAGAUAGAACUAAGCUGACUAGAGAAAGAGUGGGCAAAAAAUAUGAGGAAAAGUAGAAAAGGAGCAAUGCAUGCCUAUGUCGCUGAAUCUACACUUGGAGGAUAAUUAUUGGCCUUCCAUAAAUCUGGCUCCCAACAUCUCCUGGCAAAUGGGUUGGUUUUCCAGGAAAAGACAUGAGCUUUGUCCAGCACAUCUUCUGGCUUUAUUCAGUAGUGUUCUCCAAACCACAGUACUGUUAAGGGUAUCUCUGUCUCACCAUUGCAAAUGAGAUGAACUUCAUUUCCAGUAUUUCCUGGUCAUCAUUUAUUUUUGUAUUCCUGGAAAAGGUGCCCACUGUUUUCAACUGGCAUUCACCACUAUUUAUCUCUGUUCAGCUUUUGGGGAAGGUCUGACAUGAGAGUUAACCAACUUCCUCUAUUCUGCAAAGUAUCUGAUAGACUGGGAAAAGCAGUGACUUCCUUUAGAUAUGUUCUGGUUGUUUUGGGGUUUGUUUGUUUUUUAGGGUUUUUUUUUUCUUCUACUUUGUUUAUUUUUCUACUCUGUCCUGAUCAAGCCUGGCUUUGUUUUGCUUUUGGAGCUGACAUUAUCCCAGCCCACUGAGACCCGUCUGCUGUGCGGUAACUUUUGGUUAUGUUCACUGGCACCCCAGGGAGAGAAUUAAGUAGGAGUCACAUCCAGGUCUUUGGGACUUUUGUUCCAAGACAUAAUUGAACAAAAUGUAAACUGGCUAAAAGAGAUGACUGCUUUUUUCUUAUUAUGGUCCAGUUUUCUUUCUUAAAGGCAUUUAUCUUCUCUGAGCAUGCACUCAGUUUUCCAACAGUGGCUCCUAGUUUUCAGUUCCAAAGAUCUGGGACUGGCCCACAGCCAUAGUGGGUAAUCCCACAGCUAGUGUGAUCCUUACUUGUUGUUUAGAGAUGUUUUCAAUCCUUAGUCCCAUCCUAAACCCACUGCCAUGGGAAAUUCCCAUUCCGAUGCCAAAAGUCUUUCUAGUCCCCUAAAGCAAUGUCAGCCACCGAAGAAGACAAGUGAGCAGUGGUAAGCGGUAAAGCUGGCGCAGGGCUUGGAGCUGCAGCAUGGAGGCCAGCAAAAUUCUCUUUGCUUAGGAUGGAUUUGGAAAGCAUUUACCAAUGAGCCAUGAUGGGCGUCAUUCAGGGGUGGCAUGUUCCACUCCCUGCUGGGCUGCUGUUGGCAUGUUUAGGGAAAGACAAAUGCAGUCUUUACCCUUGAAAGUGUGACGACCCUUUGCCAUAGAGCAUGUAACAAACAAAUCCCAAAACACUGGAUUUGAACUCAGUGGGAAUCUAGAUUUGAGCCCAAAAAUAAAAGCGUGGCUCAUGUUUCUUGGCCAUUCCCAUAUGCUGGAGGAAAGCUAGAGCUGUAUCCCAACAUAAGAACUGAACUGUGUCUUUUCCUUUCCUUUUCCUUUUCCUUUUCCUUUUCCUUUUCCUUUUCCUUUUCCUUUUCCUUUUCCUUUUCCUUUUCCUUUUCCUCUUUUCCUCUUUUCCUUUUCCUUUUCCUUUUCCUUUUCCUUUUCCUUUUCCUUUUCCUUUUCCUUUUCCUUUUCCUUUUCCUUUUCCUUUUCCUUUCUUUUCCCUUUCUUUAUUUUCUGAGCAUAGUUGUUGUGACUACUCUGUAUUGACUUUUCUUAUAUAUAGCGUCUCCUCUGGCUUGUCCCCAGGUGCUAUGUAACAGAGUAAUCAAUUACAUCUUCAAUUAGUGACUCUCCCACUAUUUUUUUCAGACCCUCGCCCCCCACCCCCAGGUCAAGUGCUCUUCAGGAUUAUAGCCAAAUAUUCAUCCUUCACAGUAGACAUUGCUGUAGAAAACACUCCCAGAUUUGCUACACAUCUACUCCUUACACUACUCAGCGGGAAAGACACAGCCAGCAAGAGACGUUUUCUCACAUAGGUAGAAAACACUGUAUCCUACUUGUGGGCCAAUGACCACUGUAGUAUUGAGCAGGGUUGUGGGAUACGUGCAGUGGACUACAUGAACCCCUUGUGAAAGCAAUGCACACAACUCUUCCUCUGCCAUGCACCUGAAUGUGUGAUGAGCAGAGUCAACCUUAUCUCAUGGCCUAACUCUUGGGUGCAUAUCCAUUCAUGGGAGAUGAUCCAACAGCCCAAAAUGCUGGGAAAGAACAUCUUUGGGAUAUUGUCUAUAUUGUUCAGAUACCUACUUCACUAACAUAGACCUUGUGUAACAAAACCACCCUAUUUACCUUUAAACACAUAAGUUCAAGUAGUGGAGCAGUACAGCUGGAGGGACAGUCCAUAGUGUGUACACAGAGGCUCAAUUUAGUGUCUCACAUGUAGUUUCAUGGUGUUGUUUGAGAUGUUCCAAGUGUCUCAGAUACUCAUGGCCUCACAGAUGGGAUGCAGAGCCCAUCCCAGACUUGUGCCUUCUGGCAGGUGGCAGCCAGGCAGGGUACUCUAGGACAUCUCAAGUGGCUUUAGGUGCUGAGGUGUGGGGAAGUGAAUUGAGCCCUGUGGCUUGAACUCAUGCAACUAUAGGUGAAAUCCUAGAAUAUGCCAUCAGUAUUUAACUGGCUGACAUAGUCCUCAUUGGCUCCCAUCAUGUUAAGAUGCCUACAAGUAGGUGUCUAUGUGAAAGCGGAUUAUCUCUGUUUUCCGACCUAAAAGAGGUGCAAUUAGAUGGAGCACGAAUAAUGGUUCAUCUUAUCUGAAGAACAGACAUAGAUGCAGGGAAUGCAGCUGCCAGAGUUGAGGAGAAAUCUCCCUCAGACCCUAUGUUAUAUUUGCCAUCCAUAUGGGAAUGUUUUGAAUGCCUUGAGGCUCUCAGAUUGCAUCAGAUGCUCAUGGUUUGGGAACUGAAUCCAGCUUGAAAUCUAGACAUUAGCUAAGAGAAAUCCCUGUGCUCAAAUGUUGCUGAUGGGAGACUGACUACAGAUAACAGAGGGAUAACAGAAGUACAAGAAACUGUCUAGUGGUUCAGGAACUGGACUGUUUUUCUGGAAAGCUGAGUCUUUACCCCAGCUUCAUGUCUGACAUGUCUACAUUGCCUCUCCAUAUCACUGCUUCCCAUGUUUUGUCCAUCAUUUACACGUUCAGUGUAAGAUUGCCGGGUUGGGACUGAUUAAGUAUAUUUUGUCCUGUUGUGAGAUUGCUGUCUGAUGUCAGCUGGCAUCUUCGUAGCACAGAGACACUCAGCUGCAGUCCUUGCUGCCAAUAAGCUGAGUACAGAUGUAUGAGGAUGACUGAGGCUGAUUCCUGGUGGCGUUGUUUGUUUCUUCUUUCUUCCUCUAAUGCUUAAAAAUAACUUUAUUUUUAGGACAAGAUAGGCGCCGAGAACCCCAGAUGCUGGCCUUGGAUUUCAAUGUAAUGGAAUGUCUUCUCAUUUUUCAGCC